UAAAGAUUGGUUAGAGAAAACAAAACAGAAAGACAGAACCUUCUCUUUAGAUUUUUGCUGUUAGAAAAAAAUUAAAAACUGCUUCACUUCUUCAGCAGCCAGCUCAAACUCAUUAAACUCUGAUUCCUAUUAUUCUAAUCCCAUUUAAAAUGAAAACCCCUUUUCUUUCUGCUCCAAUCUGACUCCUUUGAAAAAGAUCACGUGCUUUGCUGUAUUGCUCAAGGGUUGAUAUUGUUGAAGAUGGAACUGGUCUUUGCCGUUCUAAUAUGGGCUUGCUUGCAUUCGACUGUACAAUCUGAUUAUCAAGGAGAUGCACUAUACGCUUUGAAGAAUUCAUUGCAUGUUCCAAGCACUCUGCUGACUGAUUGGAAUCAAAACCAAGUUAAUCCAUGCACUUGGUCCAAUGUCAUCUGUGAUAAUAGUAACAAUGUUGUCUCUGUGACAUUGUCAACCAUGAACUUUUCUGGAACUUUGUCACCCAGAAUAGGAGUUCUAAAGAAUCUAAAAACACUUACGUUGAAAGGAAAUGGCAUAAAUGGUGAAAUACCUGAAGAGUUUGGAAAUCUUUCAAAUUUAAACAGCCUGGACUUGGAAAAUAAUCAUUUAACUGGUCAAAUACCAUCUUCACUUGGUAAUCUAAAAAAGCUUCAGUUCUUAACUUUGAGUCAAAACAACCUAAAUGGCACUAUCCCUGAGUCACUUACAGGUCUUUCAAACUUGAUCAAUAUUCAGCUUGAUUCCAAUAAUCUCAGCGGCCAAAUUCCUGCACGUUUAUUCCAAAUUCCUAAGUACAAUUUCACAGGAAACCAUUUGAAUUGUGAUAAAAAUCUUCCCCACCCUUGUGAAUCUAGGAGUAAUGAUUCAGGCGGUUCGAAGAAGCCAACUAUCGGAAUUAUAGUUGGGAUUAUUGGAGGAUUUCUUGUUCUUCUUUCUGGAGUCCUUCUGUUUUUCUGGUGCAAGGCUAAACAUAAAGGCUACAGGCGUGAAGUAUUUGUAGAUGUUGCAGGUGAAGUCGACCGAAGAAUUGCAUUUGGUCAAUUGAAAAGAUACUCGUGGAGGGAAUUGCAGUUGGCUACCGAAAAUUUCAAUGAAAAAAAUGUCCUUGGACAGGGAGGUUUUGGAAAGGUUUAUAGAGGGGUCCUUGCUGAUAACACAAAAGUUGCUGUGAAGCGAUUAACUGAUUUUGAGAGUCCUGGGGGAGAUGCAGCUUUCCAACGUGAAGUUGAGAUGAUAAGUGUGGCUGUCCACAGAAAUCUAUUACGGCUGAUUGGCUUUUGCACAACACCAACAGAACGUCUUUUGGUGUACCCAUUUAUGCAAAAUUUGAGUGUGGCCUAUCGUCUACGAGAAAUUAAACCUGGGGAACCUGUUUUAGACUGGGCUACAAGAAAAAGAAUUGCCUUAGGUGCAGCACGUGGGCUGGAAUACCUACACGAACAUUGCAAUCCUAAGAUCAUUCAUCGGGAUGUGAAGGCGGCUAAUGUAUUGCUGGAUGAAGACUUUGAAGCAGUUGUUGGUGACUUUGGCCUUGCCAAAUUGGUUGAUGUGAGAAAGACUAAUGUGACGACUCAAGUUCGUGGGACGAUGGGCCACAUAGCACCUGAAUACUUGUCCACUGGGAAAUCAUCCGAAAGAACAGAUGUUUUUGGGUAUGGGAUUAUGCUCCUGGAGCUUGUAACAGGUCAACGUGCAAUUGACUUUUCUCGCCUAGAAGAAGAAGAUGAUGUCUUACUGCUUGACCAUGUCAAGAAGCUCGAGAGAGAAAAGAGACUGGAUGCUAUUGUAGAUCACAACCUUCAUAAAAGUUACAACAUCCAAGAGGUGGAGAUAAUGAUUCAAGUUGCGUUGCUCUGUACACAAGCAUCACCUGAGGACCGUCCAGCAAUGUCAGAGGUUGUACGCAUGCUGGAAGGAGAGGGGCUGGCUGAGAGAUGGGAAGAGUGGCAGCACGUUGAAGUUACUCGUAGGCAAGAGUACGAGAGGCUGCAAAGAAGAUUUGACUGGGGGGAAGAUUCCAUACACAACCAGGAAGCAAUUGAAUUAUCAGGUGGAAGAUGAGGUAACGGAUUUGAUUUGGUGUGACAAGCAUUUAACUGUGUUACAUUAGGCUAGCUUGAUGUUUCCUUCAGCUGAUAUAAUUCUAAUGCCAAAAGUAAUGGCGUGGAAAGAAAGGGGCAAAAAAAGGAAACAUGCCUUCAUAUUUUUGUAUAUCAUAUGUUCGUAGUAGCUCUUCCCUUUUGUUCCUUGUGUAAUUUAAGUUUUGGUUAAAUUUUGCAGCCAUGAGCCAACUAAACGUAAGGAAAGAGCUCUUAUUCUGUAUAAGGAAGUUUUUUUAAGUGAUAUUGGAGAUCUGCUGGGUUGACACCAGUCUGAUAUUUUUAGCUUGUGCUCUUCACAAGGACAUAAGAAAGACAAAUUCUGGUUUUCAAUCAUGUUUAAAUUAUGCAGAAAGGCUACCGUUUUGUUA